AAAAUAUCUACUCUAUGAGUCACUAUGAUGACAUUGACUUCGGCCAGAAUUCAAACUCCAGUAACAUGCAUUUUGAAUAGGAGGCAGACUCUGGAAAGAAGUAAGUUUUUGAUUUAAUAAAGAAAGCCCAAAUAAAACACUAAGAAUACUUAUAUAAAAAAGAUAUCAUCGCUUAUAAAAAUGACCAAUCAAGAAAUCUUAGAUGAAAAGUAACAUUCAAUUCCUAUUAGCAUCAUUAGUUAGGAGAAAAAAUAGACUGUCCAUAAAGUCCAAAGCCAAUAAUUUCCUGGAAAUAAUUUAGGAGAUAAGGAGGAUAAACUAGCGAAAAAUAGAGAGUCUGCUAGAAAUAGCAGGAGAAGAAAGAAGAUUUAUCUAGAAUUAUUGGAAAACAAAGUUACAAAAUUAUCAGAACAAUUAGAUGUUUUUAAGAAUGUUAAUGAAAGAACUCAACAAUUAGCAAUCAAUCUAUAAAAUAAAAUAACACAAGUAUUCAUAAUCCUAAUUAUUAAGAAAAGAGAGCAAGAUUCAACAAAGAUGAUUUUAUUUUCCAAUCUCUAAAAUUCCAUCAAUGGAAAUGCUGGAGAAAUGAAUAUCGAUGCAAUCAUAGAUUCCUUGAAUGUAUAUUAAAAUCUAUAGACUUAUAGAAAAAAUUUGGUUCUGGAUCACAAGAAAGACAUUAGUUAAUCGAUCAUUAUGCAAGACAAAUUUAUGAAAAUUGUUUGGCUCCAUACAUAAAUUAUAUCAUUGGAGUAGCAAAAACUGACUAAGACAUCUUCUCUAAUUAAGAGUAUGUGAAUCAUUUAUCCUUAGCCAAACUGAUAAUACAAUCUUAAGAAAUCUUAAACUUACAGAUAAGCAAAAACAAAUACUCUAAAAAAAAUAAUAAAAAUUAGUAAGACAUCAAAAUGAAUUAGCUAAGUACUUUGAUCUCAUUUAUUAUUAGCACAUUAUCCUCAAUUUAGGAAGUAAAAAAUCAAAUUUAAGCCGAAUUAAGUUCAUUUGAUCAAACUUUAGAAUAAUUAAGAAGAGAGUUGAAACCAAGUCAAGUGGCUAGAUUCCUAUUAUCUAUUGAAAAAAAGGAUAUGCAACAUCAUUUUAAAGAAUAAUUUGAAAAAUGCUUCGGAUCAGAAAUUGAUGAAGAUGACUCUUUGGAAUUAUAUUAAUUUAUGACUGAGCACAACCAAUGUAAUUCACUUGGAAUAGAUAUCCAAUAAACUUACGAGAUAUAUAGAGCAUCCAAUGAUUUUUUAAAUGGAAAAGCUGAAUCCGAAGAUUAAUAGCAACAAUAAUUGUAACAAUAAACUAAAGUUGAAUGAAUUGAUAUAGAUAUGACCUAUUAGAUAUAUAAUUGAUUAUUAUAUAU